UUAGAGCUCUGUACAAGUCAAUUAACAAAUCCAAAUCCAACUAUCAAAAUGGCAAAACUUGCACUGAUCUUUGUUAUCGUUUCUCUGUUCGCCCUAUGCAUGGCAGCUCGCAUUCCUCGCGAAGAACCAACUACAGUCAAUCCUAUUCAAGAAAUUAUCAGUAAACUUCAAGCAGCAUGGACUCCUGAGCAACAAGAGGAAUACAAGAAAAAGGGGCAAGAGUUGCUCAAUCAGGUUGUGGAGCAGGCUCAACAAUUUUCGAACACGCUGAACGAGUCAAUCCAAAAAUUGGGAGAACAGAAAUCAUCAUAAUUUAUCAUCCCACUGAUGUUUAAAAUAAUAUGAAAAGAAUUUAACAAAUUAAAACACAUAAUCAAACAAAAA